UUGCUCAAAUUUCUACAUAAUCCUCUCGCGUAUCUUUCUUCUACUGUUAGAGGCCAAAUUUAUAUUGCUCUUGGUUAGAACGCUGAAAUAUUCGCCACCAUGAAUAGGAACAACAUGGGCCGCGGCAACGGUCUCAAUGGAGGCAAUAACAACGGCGGUAGCAACAAUAGCAUCAUACGUAGUAUACCUGCUCCUACCUCUUCUACAAGUGCAAAUGGACUUCCCCUCACAAACAUUGGUGAUCUGCGCCCCUCUAUGCGUGGGUUCAAUCUCGAGUGUAUCCUCCUUGAAAAAGCUGCAGAACCCCGGAGGACAUACGACAACCAGCUAUUGACCACAUUCCUUGUUGCAGACAAGACUGGAAGCAUAGUUCUUGUGCUCUGGGGUGAAGAAGGAGCAUUAUUAAGAGGUGGUGACCUAGUCCGGAUCCAGGGAGGUGAGGCAAAACUCUUUAGGGGUCUAAUACAGCUAUCUACAUCGAAAUUUGGGAAGUACAAGAAAAUUGGCGAGGACACGAUGCUUUUCGUUGAAAAGCCUAACUGGAGCGAGUUUGAAUGGAUUCAAGAUCCCAACAGCAAGGCUGGUGUCAUGAUCCCUGUAACUCCGCAGCACAAGCUGGCUAUGGCAUCUAAUGGGAUCCCACCGAUGAUUCCUGGUGGAAAUAUGCAACAACAACGCAAUAACUCACAGACUGCUACCAAUCCAUCUUUCCGUCAAGAUCAACGUCCAGGACAGAGACCAUUUCCACAGAACCAGUUGAAUCCCAAUGGGAAUAUUCAUGGCAAUAUGCCCGGACCAGGCUUUAAUAAAAGCAAUUUUGGCGCACCUGGGAUAUCGUCCAACCCAAUGCAGCAUCAACAACAGCAAGCGCAGCAUAUGAAUGGGCCUACGAUGAACGCACCCUCAAUAGGGUCAGGGCCAGGGCCAGGAUCAGGACCAGGACCCGGAUCAGGACCAGGCGGCAAUCGACCUCAUCAUGGACAGCACCCGAGCCAUGGCCAUCAUUCAAGCAAUCAGGUUGUGAAUCAAAACCAAGGUCAGAGUCCAUUGGCUACUGGCGCAGCUGCGGGAGGGAAUACGCACACGAUAGGUGCACGACACAGCAAACACAACAAGCAUAGCAAGAUGCACCGAGACCUUGAUGCACCAGAUGCUUUCCCCAGCCCACGGUCAGGAUUAUCGAAUAGUGCGGACGAAUUUGCAAGAGAAAUGAAGCUGGUGUCGUCACAGGGUAGCGUAGGACUUGGUGUAGGGCAGCUCAGUCAUGGCGGAGGACCAGGUGGCUCUGGCCACCUGCGGAAGAAACCAAAAGUUGAAAUGGAGUAAAAGAAAAAAAAAAAAAAAAAAAGUGAGACAAAGAGAAUUAUCCGAGGAUCAGGG